AUAAACAAAAGAAGUGAGAUAAGAGAGAAUCGUAUGCGUUGCAAGUCAAUGGUAAACUUCCAACAGUUUGUCACUGUUUACCUGCGAAUUUUCUCUCUCUCUCUGUUUUUGUUUACUAAAAUAUUCUCACUCUUUCAUAUAACUCCAUAAGCAUCUUUCAUCUAUUCCUUGCUUCUAUUUCCUGAAAUUGUUCAACUCACUCUUCUAAAAUCAAAACCAGGUAUGGGUAAUAUUUUCUCAAUCUCACUUUCACUCGAUACCAUCAUUACCCGUUGCUGGGAUUGUGCUGCUGGACAGGUAAGUUAUAUAUGCAACCUCGAAGAUAACCUCCAUGCUUUACAAGCUGAAGUGGAAGAAUUGAAGGCGAUCAGGAGUGAUCUGUUGAGAAGGGUUAAAAUUGCUGAAGACGACCAGCAACUUAAGCCGCUAGAUCAAGUCGAGGGUUGGCUUCAGAGGGCUGAAACUCUGAUAAACGAUGCUGGUCAACUAAUUCUGGAAAGCCGUCAACAAAUUAAUAAGUUAUGUAUAGGAGGUUGUUGCUCCACUCAUCCUAGGUCCAGCAUCAAGUUCGGGAAGCAAAUUGCCAAAAAACUCCAAGAGGCGAAAGACCAGAAGGAGAAAGAAAAAGAUUUCAGUGAUGUGGCCAGCAAGCCUCCACUUCCUUCAUCAACUGAAAGACCUAGUGAGCCAACUGUGGGUUUAGAGUUCUAUUUGAACAAGGUCUGGAGCUGUCUUAAAGAGAAACAAGUGGGAAUUAUUGGCAUAUUUGGCUUAGGAGGGGUUGGCAAGACAACCCUCCUAAACCAAAUCAAUAACAAAUUCCAUGAUACUACCCAUGAUUACCUUGUAAUUUGGGCAGUUGCAUCGCAAGAUCGGCCAAUUGAAAAAGUCCAGGAUGAGAUUGCCAAAAGAGUAGGCCUUUCCAAUGAAGGUUGGAAAUCUAAGAGCCGUGAUGAGAAAGCUGGAGACAUACGCAGCAUAUUACAUAAAAAGAAGUUUGCAUUUUUGUUGGAUGAUAUAUGGGAAUGGUUUGAUCUCACAGGAGCUGGGGUACCUCUUCCAACACAAGAUAAUGGCUCUAAAGUCAUUUUCACAACUCGUCGUCUUGACGUGUGCUGUCAAAUGCAACCGAACAUGGCUAAUAAUAUCAAAGUGGAAUGUUUACCACCAGGAGAAGCUUUGAAACUGUUCGAGGAGAAGGUUGGGUCAGAAACCCUUCAAAUGCAUCCAGAUAUUCGCAAGUUAGCUGAAGCGGUGGUUGAACAGUGUGCAGGACUGCCUCUCGCUCUCAUUACGAUUGGGCGAGCCAUGGCAUCCAAGAAGACCCCUCCAGAAUGGGAAUAUGCUAUUAAAGUUUUGAGGCAAUCAGCAGCUUCUGUGUUGCCAGGGGUAGGGAAAGAGAUGUAUCCAAAGUUAAAAUUCAGUUAUGACAGUUUAACUAGUGAAAGAGUCAAAUCUUGUUUCUUGUAUUGUUCUUUAUAUCCAGAAGAUCAUCCCAUCCAAAUAGAUGAACUAAUACAUUGUUGGAUCAGGGAAGGAUUUAUGGACAAGCAUACCGAUUUAAGCACUGCCAGAAACCAGGGACAUUUCAUUAUAGGUUCUCUUAUUGAGGCAUGCUUAUUGGAGAAAGUACGUUUUAGUCGUGUAAGGAUGCACGAUGUGGUCCGCGACAUGGCUUUGUGGAUUGUUGGUGAAUUUGAGAAGGAGAAAUUUUUAGUAAAAUCAGGUGUUCAGUUAAAGGAACUACCGGAAGCUGAAAAGUGGGAAGAGAUAACAAGAAUGUCGCUGAUGGAUAACAAAAUUGAAAAUCUAACUGAGAUAUUGGAAUGUCCCAAUCUCCAAACUUUGUUUCUUGGCAGGAAUGAUUUGAAGGUAAUCAUGGAUGUUUUCUUUAAUUCUAUGCCGAUGCUAAGGGUUCUAGACUUGUCCGACAAUAUGAAUUUGGAAGAAUUGCCGGUAGGAAUUGCAAAGUUGGUUUCAUUAGAACAUCUCAAUCUGUCAUUCACAAAAAUAACAAAGUUGCCGGUCGAACUGAAGGCCCUGGAAAAGCUGAAAUAUUUGAAUCUAGAGUGGACACGGGAUCUAGAAAUGAUCCCACAACAACUUAUAUCCAGUUUCUCUAAGUUGCAAGUACUGAAAAUGAUGAGAUGUGGCUAUGGAUGUUCAUUGCUUUUGGAGGAACUGGAGCAUUUAAAAUAUUUGAAUGUGUUGACUCUUACUUUUAGAAGCGCUUCAGAGUUGGAAAAAGCUUCGAGGUUCAACAAGUUCUUUAGCUGUGCCAUUGAACAUGUAAGCCUUCUAGAUUUCAUAGAUUCAAGGUCAUUGAAUAUUUUGGCUUUAGCAAAUCUGCAGAACCUAUAUUCUAUAAAAUGUACGAGUUGUAUGGAUCUGAAAGAAGUGAAGAUCGCAAGCAACAUAGUUGAAGGUGCAAGAUACUUCCAUAGCCUUCGAUAUGUAGGCCUAACCUAUUGCAAACAAAUGAGGGAUGUGAGUUGGGUAAUUUUUGCUCCACAUUUGGAAAAACUACUUAUACGUGAUUGUAACAGUUUAGAAGAAAUUAUUAGUAAGGAAAAACUUGAUGAAGUCACUGAGUCGAAGGCAAAUAAAAACUUAUUUUCUAGGCUCGAGGAGUUGGAUCUAUGUCGUCUGCCUAAAAUGAAGACAAUAUGCUACCGUGCUCUGCCUUUCCCACAGCUGAAGAAAAUAUCAAUUGUAAAAUGCCCAAUGCUGAAGAAACUCCCACUAAACUCCAAUAGUGCAAAAGGACAGAGGUUCAUCAUUGAAGGAGAGAAGGAGUGGUGGAAAGAUGUAGAAUGGGAGGAUGAAUCCACUCAAACUGCUUUUCUCCCCUCUUUCAAACCUCAGUAAUCUGUGAAAUGUUGGAUAUUAAUUAAGGCUUAAAGCCAUUAUUGUAUCAUAGCAUACCUCACUGUAAGUUCUAUUUUGCAUAUCUUUAAAUUACAUGUAAUUUAUAAUAAAAUGUUUGAAUUUGAGAGUA